CCUCGUAUAUUCAUUCUCCUCUCCUCCCAGUUGGUUGUUUUUAUAAACAAUUUGCUUGCCUUUUCAUUCUUCAUCAUCACCACCUCCAUAUUCACAGACAAAAUUGGCAAUUAUACCAAAAUAACUAACAUCUCAACCCCCUAUUUAUAGAUGUUGAUGAUGAAAUCAAAAUCCCCAAUUCUUCCCAUAACCAAUAAUAAUCACCCACCAUCGUCAUUUCUAAAUUCCCCCACAAUGUUCAUUCAAAGAUCUAAUUACGAAUUACCCACUUCCCAUCUCCUUAUUUCUCCAAUCGAUGAUGAUUAUAAUUGCAAUUCAAUUGAGAAAAAACCCCUUCUUUCAAGGGCUUUUAGCUUCGGUGGAGAACCACCCAUUACAACCACCCAACAGCAGCGCCGCCGCCGCAGCGUAAGCGAUGAAAAUCUGCUUUCUAGCUCCAAUAGCGAGGAGGGUGAGGGUGGGUCUAUUGGUAAUAGCGUUGAGCAUGUCGCUGCUGAGACACUUUUGAUCACUCGUUUUACUUUUAAUCUUCUAGGUUAUUUGGGGGUAGGCUACAGAUGGAUCAUAAGAUUCUUCGCUCUUGGUUGUUAUGCCUUUUUUUUGAUGCCUGGUUUUGUUCAAGUUGGAUAUAAUUACUUCUUUUCAAGUCGUAUCCAUAGGGGUAUAGUCUACGGGGAUCAGCCUAGAAACAGGCUUGAUCUAUACUUGCCCAAGAAUAACAAUGGACCAAAGCCAGUUGUUGCAUUUGUAACUGGGGGAGCUUGGAUAAUUGGUUACAAGGCAUGGGGUUCUCUUCUUGGGCAACAAUUAUCCGAUAGAGAUAUCAUAGUUGCAUGCAUAGAUUAUAGAAAUUUUCCUCAGGGUACAAUGAAAGAUAUGAUAGAAGAUGCCUCCCGCGGAAUUUCAUUUAUCUCCAAAAAUAUUGAAGAAUAUGGAGGUGAUCCUAACAGAUUAUAUUUGAUGGGGCAGUCAGCUGGCGCACAUAUUUCUGCUUGUACUCUUGUUGAACAAGCUAUCAAAGAGGCAGGUGGCGAGGGAGAGAGUGUUUCUUGGAGUGUCUCACAGAUAAAAGCUUAUUUUGGAUUAUCAGGAGGGUAUAAUUUGCUAAACCUAGUUGAUCAUUUCCACAGUAGGGGCUUAUACCGUUCCAUAUUUUUGAGUAUUAUGGGUGGGGAGCAUUCGUUGCGGCAUUACUCGCCUGAAAUCGUGGUGCAGGAUCCAAACUUUAGAAGUGCACUUUCACUAUUACCUCCAACGACCCUUUUCCACGGUACUGGGGAUUAUUCCAUUCCAUCAGAUGCUAGCCUAAAAUUUGCUGAAACACUGCAAGGACUUGGAGUAGAGGCGCAUGCCAUACUAUAUGAAGGGAAGACUCAUACUGAUGUUUUUCUCCAGGAUCCAAUGAGGGGUGGCAAUGAUCCGAUGUUUGAAGAUUUAGUUGCUAUAAUUCACGCCAAAGACGAGGAAGCACUUGCCAAUGAUGCAAUGGCACCUCUGAGGAAACGUCUGGUGCCAGAAAUCAUGUUGAAAUUGGCUCGUGCUGUUAGUCCCUUCUAAUUGUGUAGGAAUUUAUAUUGCAUUUUUCAGGAAACAAGAAGGCCAUUAUUUAUGCUGUUUCAUAGCAGCUAUUCUAUUUGUAUUUAAUUGCCUGUAACUUUAGUUCUAUAUUUGUUUGUAACCAAAUUAGGUCCUAACUUUGUAUAUUGGAUCAGAUCAUUGUCAACGACGUAAUGUAAUCAGUUUCUUUGAGUUA